GGAAUAUUUAUCUUUGUAAAGCUAUAGUAAGAUUGAAGCUUAAACUUCGAAUUAGUUUUCUACAUUUUACUGAUAAAAUUAAAGUUUAAAACCCUAACUAAUUGCCAUAAGCGGAUAAAUAGUUGGUUUAAAGAUAAUGUACUGAGAUGUUUACAUAUUAAUAUGGAUAAUAUGAUAAUAUGGACUUUAUUGUGAAUUUGAAGUGGAAACAUCCCACGGAGACAUGACAGGAAUAAAUUAUCAUCAUACAAUUUGAAUUUUUAGACCUUAAAUUCCCUAAAGGAUUUUAGAAUGCAAAGAUAGAUGGAUUUAUAAACAACAAAUGAUAAAUGUAAUUUCAUGAAAGAUGUCCGGGCUUUCUGGAAUCGGAGUGUUUUGGGCAUUUUCGUCCUUCAUUUCGUCUGUGACUUUGUGUGUCGGGUAUUUUAUGCCAUACUGGAUAACUGGACAAAUGUUUAUUCAGCAAAAUGGAAAAACAGGACGAACGGUUCCUGUAAGUUUUGGAAUAUUUCGUCGGUGUAACUACCCGGCAAUAAAUGACAAUGGACAACUUGAAAUAGUUCAUGAAUGUGGACGAUACAAGACUUUCACGGACAUACCAAGCACGUCGUGGCAGAUAGCCACUCUUGUAAUUGGACUAGCGUGUUGUUUAUGCCUUCUUGUCUCACUAACUGCUAUGUUUGGUGUUUGUGUCAAGGAUGUUGUCAUCCCGACGGUAGCACGGACGGCUGGAAUACUUCAGUUGUGUUCAGGUUUAUUACUCACAGCGGGAGUGGGUAUCUAUCCAAAUGGUUUCGGAAGUCCGGAGGUACAGCAAGCUUGUGGAAAUACGUCCAAUUCUUACCAUUUAGGUGACUGUUCAUUAUCUUGGUGUUUCUACAUGACGUGUGCAGCUGUAGGCGUUACCUUUGUAUGUUCAGCCUUGGCUUUCCACGCCCCUAAACGGAAACAAGUUGUCAGAGGAUAUGCAAUGUAGCCGAGACAGGAAAUAAGAUAUAAGAAAAGAGUGAAAUGAAAACGGUGUUCCAAUUCACCUGCCACAAGCUAACUCUAUAAUUAUAGGCUCUCCAGUCUCUGUCAGUAUUUGAAUUCCGCUCGGGAUCAUCUAGAAGCUUACUGUAAUUAUUAGUAACAAAGAACCAUAUGAUAUUGUUGGAGUGAUGUUGGACAAGAAUCAUACAUGUAUAUUUACAUGUACAUUGUUUUAGAUGCGUUAAUCAAUGUUACAUAUAUGGGAAGCUGAACUUGCUACUCUGGGUUUAAAAUUGUGGAAUGUCAGUUCAUAUAGAAACAGCGAAAUAUGCAACAUCUCCAGUGCGUACCCUUCCCCAGCACCGUCUUGAGCGCUCUUAAUUUAUCACCAUUGCCAGUUAUAGAAUCAUUAAGAUAGUAUUGAGACGAGGUGAAAAAGGUAAUAAUCAGAUGGAUAUGAUGGCUAUGCAUUAAGUAAGUGGUGGAGAAAAAUAACGUGAACAUGUUGCAUUGAACCAAUACAUAUUACAAACACAUGUGCCUUGCCGAGAACUCGACUACCAAAUGUGUUC